AGAAAUAAUGUGUUGUGCUUGUAGGUACUGAUGCUUAUAGGUGCCAGCUUUGGGUUUGAAAUGGAAAUGUUUGAGUUUCUAAACAUCUGUCAAGUACAUGGCUUUCCUAAAAUUGUGGGAGUUCUCACCCACCUCAACUCCUUCAAGCAUAAUAAGCAACUGAAGAAGACAAAGAAGCGAUUAAAACAAAGGUUCUGGACAGAAGUUUACCAGGGUGUCAAGCUGUUCUACCUUUCUGGAAUGGUGCAUGGAGAAUAUCAAAACCAAGAAAUCCACAAUCUGGGCCGUUUUAUUACGGUUAUGAAGUUUAGGCCUCUCACAUGGCAAACUUCUCACCCUUAUAUCCUUGCAGACAGGAUGGAAGGUUUGACAAACCCAGAGGAUAUCCAGACAAAAUGUGACCGGCAGGUGUCACUUUAUGGUUAUUUAAGAGGAGCGCACUUGAAAAAUAAAGCCAAAUUCACAUGCCAGGACAAGGUGGGGCUCACCCAUGAGCUGGUCCAGAGUCUCAUCUCCACCUACUCCACCAUUGAUGCCAAGAUGGCUUCAAGUCGAGUGAUGCUGCUUUCCAAUUCCAAACCACUUGGGUCAGAGGCUAUAGAUAAUCGAGGUGGAGACGAGGUUUCACUAUGUAGGCGAAGCUGGUCUCGAACUCCUGACCUCAGAUGAUCCACCUGCCUCAGCCUCCUAAAGUGCUGGGAUUACAGGCGUGAGCCACCGCGCCUGGCCUGUUUAUUCUCUUAAGAGAGAAAAUGAGGGGAUUAAUGGACUGUAGUUCUGGACAAGGUGGAAAACUCUUAAAGUGGAAGUACUGGGGCAAGUGCUCUGACACGCUAGGAUGGUGCAGUCAGUCCCUUCACCCAGAAAUCAGUAGAAUGUUAGCAGUUCAGACUCAAACCUUGUGAAAAACAGGUGGUGGAAAGGAAAUCCCUCACAGCAACUGGCACCAUAAUCAAGACAAUGUUUGCAGAAUAAAUGGAGUUACCUGCUUUCAGCCCCAGGUCGUAGCUAUUGUCUGCCCUGCUGAUAUGUGAUAAUAAUUUGUGAUCCUGUUGUCUUAAAAUGGGGUCACUCAUCUCCAGUAGAAUUAAGUCCACAAUGAAGUUGUCCCCCCAUCCCCGAAGAGAUAAACAUAUAUGAAUGAACUCACGUGAUAACAACUACUGCUGCCUGGGAUCAUGAGAGACCUGAACUGAACUGAUAGGAAGUGAAAGGUGGCUGAGAUAAUGAGAAUAGACCCAUCUGCAGAGGAUCAUAAAACCAGCAAAGACAAGAUCUUGUCUAAGAUGCCUUCACAAACUUUGUCCAUGAGAACUCUUAAGGAUUUCACCAGACCUGUUGGCUGCUGCUGUGAUCUCUGCCCAAGAGGAGCCUCUGACCAACAUCCAAAGGGCUUCUGGACCCACUGGACUCCUCUGGAGGUACCUUGGUCUCCCGAUCCAUGGCUGUGGUUUUUUACUCCCUUU